AUGUCACUCACGGAUAUCCAUACUAUAUCGUUCUCUUCGCUACUCCCGUCUGGCACGCUCCAUGGUCUUACACAGUCUGACAGGGACAGGCUGGCCGACUACGCCGAGGGAGAGACGCGCGCCGAGAGAACGAAGGAUUGGUGCGCUUUGGAUAAGAUCGAUUUCAUGGAUGCCAUUGGUGCCAUGGGCACUGUGGUGCAAGAGCAGGACUUAGAGAAGAAAGUAUUCAUCCACCAGGGGACCACUGAAGCUGGAGUUUGUCAACACCAGCCGCCGGCGUCCGAACCGAUCAAGCCGUUUCAGAAAUGGAUAAAGACGUUGCAUAAACGAGCGUUGCGUCGUCAGGAACUGUUUGGGGGCGAUGGCAAUAAUACACCAUGCUGUCUCGAUAUGGAAGGGAGAAGUUCGAUGACUUGGGAUUCGGGGCACUAUCGGCACUCGUCAGAUUCGUCAUUCAACUUUGUGUCGGCGGUCAAAAGCGCCAGUAUCUCCCUGACAAGCGUCAGUGUCUUGACGCGCUCACGGAAAAACACGAUACGAUCAUCUCGUGGCCACUCGAGGACGGACCGCAGCAGCAGAGCUUCCGUCUCGGGAGCACGGCUUUCUGAAGACAGUUUCUGUCAGGAACGACAGGUGGCGCUGGAUCCCGCCGUCAUCGAAAGGUCGCUACAACGACGUCGAAUAUUGGAGGAGUUGAUCAACACCGAAGAGAGCUAUAUUGGGGACGUGAGGUUCCUGAUGAAUGUAUAUGUCACGAUACUAGCUUCUUUACCGACACUACCCGUCGCCAUACGUUCCUCCAUCAACCAGAACUUGACCGACAUUGUGGAGCUGCACGAGGAAAUGCUAGGAGAACUCCAUCGAGCGGUCCCUCACUCUGAAUAUUCUCAGCUCGAUGUGCCGCUUCAAGCCCCCCAAGCUAACCAAGCUGCCCGUGGACACCAGCGUUGGAGGAGCCUUGAUGCUGUCCCGGAGGACAAAGACGGGGUAGCAUGGCUGCGAGAUGUGCCUGGGUUGCUCGCAGAGCCCCAAACGGUGGCAGAAGUUGCAAAGAUCUUCAAGAACAAGGCAAGCGGCAAGCCCCAAAUGAAUCGAUUCUUUAUUUAUGAAGAGUACGGGGCAAAGUAUGAACUCAUGAUUAAAGAUGUCGCAUCUGCCCAUCGGACAAUGCCAGGGUGGCAGUCGUAUCAAAAGGGAUUGGAAGUUCUCGCUGCAUCCGUGGGCUCGAUCGACGGCCAAGGCGAUCAUUCCAAGAAGAGUCUGACCAUCGGUGACCUUCUUGUCAAACCGAUUCAACGGGUAUGCAAGUACCCUUUGCUCUUCUCCGAGCUGCUCAAGCAUACGCCGGUGGUGGACUGUCCCUAUUCGCACAUGGAGAUCGAGAACACGCUUAUCAGGCUACGUGAGGCCACGGCCGAGAUCAACCGGGCCACAGACGACCCUCGUGUGCGUACGGUGCUGGAGAAAACUUGGAUUCUCCAGGACAGGCUUGCAUUUCCUAACCAGCAACUAGAUGCAACUACCAAGAACCGUAUUCGGUCUUUCGGCCACAUUCAGCUUUGUGGUGCCCUUCAUGUCUGCUGGCAGUCCAAAGAAGGGGUGAACGGGCAGUACAUGGUGGCGCUCCUGUACAAGGAGUGGUUUUGCCUUGCGACGGCUAGUAAGAUCGACCAGGUAUACACGAUUCAGGCGUGCAUCGCAUUGUCAAACAUUAAGGUGGAGGAGGUAGAUAACGGUCGAGGACUCCAGUGUCACACGGCGCCGUAUUCUUGGAAGAUUGUCUUUUUGUGCGACAACCAACUGUACGAACUCAUCCUCACCGCCUGCACGCCGAAGGAGGAACUGGAAUGGCGUACUCGGCUCAGCAGCCGGACCUUGAGCGUCCCGGACCAGGACUUAAUGCAACCGGCCAUCUUCAGCUCGCUUUCACUGGAUAUCAAAACACUGGGGACUGUUUUUAGAAAACCAGGAACCAUUGCCAGAAGAAUAUCGAUACACCGAGCAACGACGGUGGGGCCAAGAUCUCCUUUGUGUCAAGUCAUUCUCAAAAACACGAGCGUCAUCAAGGAUGCGCCGACAGCGAGCUACAGCGCUCAAAUCAACCGAUCACAGUCCCUGUUGGCCACAAACCACCGUAUCCCGGUGUUGGCGCCUUCCCGUGGUGAAAGGGCCCGGCUCGAGGCUCUCAUGUCGGAUGUGUGGACUCGGGACAUACUGCCCUUUCCCGGGAUAACUGCCCGAUCCAGGAGCGAGCACCUUGUUAGGUCGUCGGCCUCGUCAGUCAUGCGGAAGUUAAGCGUCGUGAGUAUCGCGAGUAGUUUUACGAAACGUUCCGCAAGCCUUGCAAGCUUGCAAAAGAAUGUUGCCACCGAGGAGGAGGUGACAACGCGAAAUAACAAGGAGGGUGGUGUUGUCCAAACGGCGGCGGUGAUGGCAACAACGACAUCAGUACGUGGGAGGUCAGAAGAUGAAUGUAUGUCUUUUCUCUCGGUCAUUCCUGAUGAAGCAGAGAGAAGCAGCUCCUUUUUGCUGGCAACGGGGCCAGAACAACAGUGGGAGUCGACCGGGACGGAGGUUUUCGCAACGACGACGGCAAAGGAACGGGUCGACGAUAUCACGGCCGAAACAACGACACGCACAUCAGUCUUUCACGGGGGAGAAAUGAACCAGUCACGGCCUUGUACACCGAUGGUGGGUGUACUGCAGCCGUCUACGAACAGCUCGCGGCGGCCGAGCUUGCAGAAGUCGCAUUUUAGCGAGGCGUCGUUGUCCCGGGAAGAUCUGAAGAAGGAGAACAGGCUUACUUCACCUCCAGACUCGGUAGGGAAGAAUUCGUCUCGGUCACAAAAGCUUGCGAGUCGUUGGGCUAAAGUUGGGGUUCUCCAUCGCGAGGCGGUGGUGGGCAUCCGAAGCUUUUUGUUUCGUUGA